AUGAUCAACUGGGAAAUCGUUGACGCGCCCACACAUUCUUCAUUUCUCCAUACCCAAUCUUAUUUGAAACGAACGGAGAAUUCUAUCAAGACGCGGUCGGUUUGUUUGUUACCGCACACAGCUGACCGGGUUUCUUCCAUCUUCUACGACACACCAAAACUCAUUUCACUCUUCCCAAACGUUUCAGAUUUUUGCGCUGAGCCAGAUGGAUCGUUUUGCAUCAACUUUUUCAUCACAUCGAUCAAUCAAGUGUUCUCGACAAGGUUCAAAUCACAGUCAUUUCAAUUCAGUCCACUCGAGGGUAUCACUAUCCACAACGAAACAAGUAUUUUAAUUGAGCACAAUUAUUACUUCAGACAAGACGAGAACACGACAAAUACUUUGGUCAUCAUCGAAACGGUAUUUCCAAACCAGUACAAAGUGCAUAAGGUAUUAAUGCACCACUCGCUGAACGCGUGCGAAGAGGCAAUAAACAACUUAUUUUUUCUUCUUGAAAAUAAUCAGUCGGUCAUUCAAAUUAACGAGAUCAAGCGUGAGUUAAUCCGUAAGUGUGUUCACAAAGACUAUUUAACAAAUAUCCUCCAUAAGUCGCCAUCUUUCACCGCCUACACGACAAAAAGUAUUAACGAAGUGAUGAUCAUUGGGUGUGGGAAUUUUUGUGAUUUCAAACAGGCGAUGUCAGCGUUACCGAAGUUGGUGGUCAACGAACCAUUUUUCACUUCAUCAAUUUUAGUUCAACAGGAGGACAGUGUUUUAGGACCAAAAUGGUUUCAUAAAGAGAGCGUGUUUUUUGGUGAAAUUCCAAGUGUAGUUGAUGUCAAAUAUAGUGGAUUAAUAAGUGAACGGAAUAUGUUCUUCUGUUGUGCGUCUGGUGUACGGCGAAAGAAUUGUGUUGAAGCGCACAAUCCGGGGUGUGCAUUUUCUUAUGUGUUAGGAGCGGAGUGGGUUGAAAGUGUUGGACAAAAAGCAGUGUCGGUGUAUUGCUUUCAUUUUUUCAUUCCUAAAUUAGAAUCGCAAGAACACCAAUUACGAAAAUUAGUGUUAACACAUAUUUUAGAUCGCGUGAUAUUGACUCGCUAUGUCAUUGAAAGUUGUGGGAUCGUCAAAGUAAACGAAAUUUUUGUCAACAACAAACAACUCCCAAAAACACAGCACUCGCCACGCGAAUUCCUUUUCGACUUAUCUCAAAAAAUUUUGCAGAACAACAUGUUGCUGAAGAAAAAUGUGAAUCGGAUGCGAACACUUCUUAAAGAAAAAAGAAGACAUGUGGCGACUAAAGGGAGAUCCGGAGACUUCAAUUUGUUCGCACUCCCAGAGAAAAUACUUCACAAAAUACUCACCUUUCUUCCUUUGGAGGAUUUGGUCGUUCUUUUAGCGGUGAGUAAGAGAAUGCACCUCUACGUUAUGAACUCAUUAGACCUCUGGCAAACAUUCUACGACCUUUAUUUCAACGCACUGACUUUCAAAAAGUUUAACUUGAUAACACCACUGACACACCCUGAACCGUGUGAUUACCAUUACUUAGUUAAGACUUCUAAAAUGCUUCAGUUCAAUUGGAAGAACCAAAUCAGUCUAAAAAAGUCGCGGAUUGUACUGUUUGAUAAAAGUCCAGUUGAUUAUAUCAAGCCGACUCCUUGUGGAAUGAGUAUAAUGGGCAGCUCGUGUGGUAAGUGUUGUCAAGUGGCGCACCCAACCAACUUGAAAACGCGCGAAGUGCUUGUUGGUGACAAAAUAGUGUCACUUGAGUUGUACACUGAAAUGGAUAAAUCGCUCAUGUUCAUGUUAUUGAACAGUGGCGCAAUUCGAGUCUACGUUGUUGGUAGUGAUGAUUAUUCCACUAUCACCACAGACAAGUUCGAGUACGCCUGUUCCAUCCCACAACACCAAUUUUGUUAUUGGGACAAAUCCGGGACUGUCUCCCUCUGCGACUUAGACACUGGAAAAUGCAAAUUUAAGUUCCAAACAGGAUCUCAAGAACAACUUCAUGUCGAUGAAAUGGCACCGGAUUUAUUAGUCCUUUCUUCGACCGAUAAGUGUUUGAAAGGUUUUGAUUUGCGGUCCAAUCGAGUCGUAUUCAACAAUUCGACGUUUGGAGGGUACAUCACUACUUUCGAUGGAUUUGAUAAUUACAUAGUGUGUGGGGGUACUGAUGGCAUUUUAACAAUGCUCGAUAUGAGGACAAACCAACUCUGUUUGGACCGUUGUAUACACCAAAGUGCGAUCAAUGUUGUAAAGUGUUGGAACAGAAAGAUACUGACUGGUGGCGAAGAUAAAGGCUUGUGCUAUUUCGACUGUAGUCAGGGGUGGUUUGGUAACUACCGAACGCUCUAUAGACACCAAGAUGAGGUCACGUCGAUAGUCUUUGACGACCAAAUCCUGAUGACUGGGAGUCGUGACGGUAUAUUGUAUUAUACUGAUUUUUCUGUUUUUAAUUGA